AUCGUGCUGUAAGUUAUACUGUACAUGUCGAGACAUUAAUAAAAAUAAAGUAAACAAAUUGAAGAUAUGGACUGUUUAAAUGUAGCCAGGAUUUUGCCUAAUUCUCCACGGAAGACAAGGGGACAGAUACAGGUUAUUUUCGGCCCAAUGUUUUCAGGAAAAAGCACAGAGUUGAUGCGGCGUGUGCGCAGGUUUCAGGUGGCUCAGUAUUCCUGUCUGCUCAUCAAAUACGCCAAAGACACGCGCUACUCCUGUACAGGGAUGGCCACACAUGACAUGAACACUAUGGAGGCCGUUCCUGCAAACUGUCUGCGUGACGUCGCUCCUCUGGCUCUCCAAGCCUGCGUCAUCGGCAUCGAUGAGGGACAGUUUUUCCCAGACACCGUUGAGUUCUGUGAAGAAAUGGCCAACAUGGGCAAAACCAUCAUCGUGGCGGCACUGGAUGGAACCUUCCAGAGAAAGGCAUUUGGUAACAUCCUGAAUCUGGUUCCUCUGGCGGAGAGUGUGGUGAAGCUGAACGCCGUCUGCAUGCAGUGUUUUAAAGAAGCGGCGUACACCAAACGCCUCGGAGCUGAAAAAGAGGUGGAGGUGAUCGGCGGUGCAGAUAAAUAUCACGCCGUGUGUCGCUGCUGUUACGGAGGCCUGAUGAAGGAGAACCGCAGCCCGCAGAGAGAGGAGACGCCGCCGCACACUAACGCCGCUAAAACACACGAGUACAGCACAGCCACGCGCAAACUCUUCACUGCACUGCAUCUGUGAGCACACACACACACACACACACACACACACACACACACUGUACUGAUUCAACUGAGCGCACACACACUCUCACACAUGCACAAAGACGCACUGUCAUACAGAUACACACACACUGAUUCAUGUGCGAGUACACACAAUCUCUCGCACAAACUCACACACCAUCUCUCACUGAUACACACACUAAUUCAUCUGUGAGCACACACAAUCUCUCACACGUACGAACACACUCACACACACAAUGCAUAUUAAUCUGAGCACAAUCACAGCAGUACACACACUCUGGACACAAACACCAAGACAUCUCUUACACACACACAUUGUAUACACACACACACCUGAUGUCUGUGCAUUACUUUGCUGUAUUUCCUGUAUAUAUCUUAAACUAAUUGUACAGUGUGUGUGCAGCAACAGAUCGUGUGUGUGUGUGUGUGUGUUAGGUUUUAAAUGAGUGAAUCUCUUGUCUGUUUAGUUUUAUUUAAAUGAUCCUAAAGCUAAUUUAUAUUUGUCUGAGAAGUGACCAGCUGACACCAUGAAGCACUGCCAACCUCUGACGUCUGAGGAGUAAUAGUCAAUCAAAUCAAUAGAUUUUUAGAUUAGAUGGGUUUUCUUUGUUAUUAUUAGUUUUGCGUGCAUGUUUCAGCAAUUUCUGAAAUAUUGUUUUCUGUCAGAGGCUUUAGGAAAAUGUUUGACUUUUUCACUGUUACAAGUUUUAUUCAGCUGAAGACUAAAUUAUUUGCCCUCCUGUGAAAUUAUAUUGUGAGUAUUUCCAAAAUGCCAACACCUUAUUAAACGAUUUCUAAUAACUGGUUUAUUUUCUCUUUGUCAUGAUGACAGUAAAUAAUAUUAGACUAGAUAUUCUUCAAGAUACUAGUAUUCAGCUUAAAGAGACAUUUAAAGGCUUCACUAGGGUAAUUAGGGAAGUCAUUAGCUGUUUCCAUCCACCUAUUUUUGUGCAUUUUUCCAUCUGCGCAUAAAACUGGUUGAUGGAAACGCCAUGAUGCGCAUACAUUUUAAAAAUAGGCAUUAAAAACAUGUGCAUAACUGAGUAGGAUAAACUAUUCGAUAAGAAAAGAUGCGCAUAAACUGAUGGAAACACUUAGCACACAAAUUUCAGUAUGCGCAUUGAAAAAAGGUCAUGUGAUGUUGUUAUAAGAGAUCAUGUGAUGAUGAAAAUGUGUGUGAAUGGACAAACCAGCAGGCUGUAAACCAGGGGUCGGGAACCUUUUUUUUCAUCGAAGAGCCAUUUCUGAUUUUAUUUUUGCUAAUUAAUUACUUUAAAGAGCCAUCGGGGUGAAUCUUAUAUCCUUUCUUCAUUUAUUUCCCUGCAUAACUCAAACAUAAACAAAAAUGAAGCAUCAGCACUUGAGCAAAGAUCAUUUAUAGAACUUCUCUCUUUUGCCAUCACCACUCAUGAAUGCUGUUUGAGUUUACGUGCACGAGGUGACCAUCAAAAUGUAAGUUGCUUGCCUUUUAUUGGUGUCGCGGUUCAAGUUAUUCCACAGGACCGCUUUUAUUGUAAACUGAGUUCUUAUUAAUUUAGUAAAAACACAUUAAAAGGGAAAUUAAAAUUGUAUUUUCGACAGGAAACACAAAAUACAAGCUUUUUUUGUUUUAAGCUUUAAAAUAUUGAAGAGAGAGCUGGAGAGCCAUGUAUUUUUGGUCAAAGAGCCACAUGUGGCCCCCGAGCCAUAGGUUCCCUACCCCUGCUGUAAACCAUCUGAACUGUUGUUUUGGUCAUUUUAAAAUGCCUUACCGUUUAAUUAUCAGUGUUAUUAUAUUAUUAAUGACCUCCAGAAUCAAGAGCGUCUGUGCUCCGCGUCCCAUGCCUUCAAACGCCACCGCGCGUUCACUGCGUGUCAGGAUUACCUUCUGAGGUGCAAGUCAUUAAUUAGAUGAAGAAAAGAUUCGCACAGCUUCUUCUUCAGUUUUUACUGUUGAUAUUUGGCGCCAGUUAAUCAGGAACUGACGAUUUUGUUCUAUUUGACUCAUUAGAUGUAAACGCUGCUUUAUUCACACAACUUUAAUGCGAUAAUCCUGUUUUGUGCAUAAAGUUAAUUCGCAUUUUUGGAUGGAAACACGGCUAUUGUCAGCAGCUAGCUCUGUGCAGCUCUCACAUUGUCGCCCAGUAAAUCUAAGUCAGUAUCUGGAUGGGAGACCACGUGGAAAAGCUAGAUUACUGCCGGAAAUGGUGUUAGUGAGGCCAGCAGUCUGCGUGGGUCCUAAUGCCCCAGUAUAGUGAAGGGCACUCUAUACUGCUCAGUGAGCGCCGUCUUUCAGAUUAGACGUUAAACUGAGCUCCUGACUCUCUGUGGUCGUUAAAAAUCCCAGGAUGUCCUUAGAAAGAAAAAAAAGAGUAGGGGUUUAACCCCGGUAUCCUGGCUAAAUAUUCCCUGUCCAUCAUGGCCUCCUAACCAUCCCCUUCUCAUAAUUGGCUUCAUCACUCUGUCUCCCCUCCACCAAUCAGCUGGUGUGUGGUGUGGUGCAAUAUGGCUGCCGUCUCGUCAUCCAGGUGGAUGCUGUACAGUGGUGGAUGAGGAGAUUUCCACCAAACGUGUGUGUAAAGUGCUUUGAGUGCAUAAAAGCGCUAUAUGAAUGUAAGGAAUUAUUAUUAUUGUAUAACAGCAGUUUGUUCAGUAGACAAUCCAAAAUAUAAUCUUAUGUGGAGUAAUAAUAUUGACCUUUUCCCUUUUUUUAUGAAUAUUAUUUUUAAAAUAUUCCAGAUAAAUUUGCAUAAAUCAGACUUUCUCCAAAUAUUUCUAUAUUCACAAAUACUGUACUGCUCUGUUAAACAGCAAUUAAUAAAUGUAUGUAUAUAAAUAUUAAAUGGAAUAUUUUAAUUAAGUUUUACAGGAGGGCAAAUGUUUUAUAUCCUAGAAUGAUGAUGAAGAUCUGAUGGAAAUGUUACUUUUACUAAAAAUGAAGGGAAUUUCCUUGUUAAUGUCAUAAUUCAGCAUUUGUAUACAUUUCUGCAUGUAAUUAAAGUUAAAUCACACCUGUGACUUAAUGAGUUUAUUUCCCAAUUCAGAACUGUGAUAUAAAAUAAACUAAUAGAUGAUGUAGCUUCAAAUCAAAAGACGACUGUAAAUAAACAAGGCAUUUCUUAA